AGUCGCGUGGCGGCCGAGGUUCGGCUUGCAGUGUACUCCGACUGCCGAGCCGUGACUGACUGACUGACUGUGUACUCGUGGCUCGGCGAACUUCUAUUGUGAUCCCGUACGUUCUGUGACUUUUUCAACCAUCGUCGAAAAACAUCGCCGGUCACCGGCUCGAUCCGACGAGCACACCGAUCGCCCGGUCACCGGUUCGACCGAAGCUAAACUUGGCCGACUGUCAACGUCAACUUGACUGUUCGGCGCCGAGGCGACGCAUGUGUUUACAUUUCGCUUCCUCGAGAUCCGCGCGCGCUCGAUCCACGGUCCUCUGUUCAGUCGAGGAUCCAAGAAUGAUGCCGGUUCCUUCUUUCCCUGGAUUUUCAUGAAAAACCGAGACUUUUCUGCUGGAAUUUCGGACUCGGCGAGGUGAUCCACUUUGUUUUGAAACGAAGUGAUCCGGAUGUCAGCGCGGGUGUGACAGUUCCAGGGAACCAUCCUGUGCCUUUCGCAACGUUGCGUAUGAUUUAUCGUGGACGAGCUGCACGCUGAUCGAUUGGGCAACGGCGAUCGACGAAAGGGAUUUUUUUUUAAGAGGACGCCGCUUGGACUCGUGCUGCGUGACAAAGAUGAUACUAACGUAGCUGAUUUAGGAUGGCGUCCAUCAUGGGUUUACAGCAGCCAGCUGCAUCCCAGGAUACCGUGGAUUACAGUGGAUAUUUACAGUCGUCGCAGUGCCAUCAAAUACAUGGAAACCAAGCGAACGGACAGGUUCAAACCAGCCAGAAAUCGUCGCCCAGUGAUCACAACAACAGCUUCACCAGCACCAAAGGAUUACUCAAUGGACCUGGCCAGAACAACUGUUUUCUCAACAGCGCUGUCCAAGUGUUAUGGCACCUCGACAUCUUCCGGCGGAGCUUCAGGGAGCUUUCAGGGCACGCCUGCAUGCGGGAAUCCUGCAUCUUCUGCGCCCUCAAGGACCUGUUCUCCCAGCUCCAGUUUUCGCAAGAGAGCGCGCUGCCGCCCGACACUUUGCGCCGCGCUUUGGCCGAGAGUUUUCUCGAUCAGCAGAGGUUUCAGCUCGGAUUCAUGGACGACGCGGCGGAAUGUUUCGAAAACAUUCUCCUGCGGAUACACCUUCACAUAGCGAACGGCGAGGCGGAGGAUAUGUGCAGCGCGAGACACUGUGUGCCACACCAGAAGUUUGCCAUGACGCUCGUCGAGCAAAGCGUUUGCAGCGCUUGCGGUGCCACUUCGGAACCUCUGCCUUUUACACAGAUGGUCCAUUACGUGUCAGCAUCAGCGCUAACUUCGCAGGCGAGGCAAACGCCGCCGAAUUCUCGGAACAGCCCUGACCUUUUCGGACAGCUUCUUCGAAAAGCUGGCGGCAUGGGCGACAUCCGGGACUGUCCGAGUUCCUGCGGAGCGAAAAUCCAAAUCUGCAGGACCCUGAUGAACCGACCGGAAAUCGUGUCCGUCGGAGUCGUAUGGGAUAGCGAACGUCCAUCGCUGGAACACAUCAUGGACGUUUUCGCGACCGUGGGAACGUCUCUCCGGCUGAGUGACGUUUUCCACAGCGUGGUAGACUCCCGAUGGGGUGCUUCGACCGUACACAAUCUCGUUGGAGUCGUUACGUAUUACGGGAAACAUUACUCCACCUUCUUCUUUCAUACUAAAUUAAAGGUGUGGAUCUACUUCGACGAUGCGACCGUCAAAGAAAUCGGUCCACGUUGGGAGCAAGUGGUGGAGAAAUGCAGGAGGGGUCGAUAUCAACCUUUGCUCCUGCUGUACGCAACGCCCGGUGGCACUCCGGUUAACACGGAGAACGCUCCGAAAACAGUGACGCCGUUCCCAAAUGGGAAUGGCUUGAAGACACCACCGAAGAAUAAUGUUCGACGAUCGAUCACCCCGAGCCCGGAGAAACCAUCGAUCAACAGCACUGCUAGACGUGCCAUCACGCCAAACCCGGAUAGUCCUCCUCAUUUUUACACGCAACGCAGGAUCUACAGCGAUUAUCAGAACCUCACUGACAUACAGAACAACAUCUUCGGCAAUCAAGGUGUAGACACAGUGGACGGCGAUGUAGAAUCGAAGUACAUCAGCCGGCGAGCAGUCGAAAACGUGAUGCAGCAGCAGAAGAAACAACAAAUGCAACUGACUCGCAGUCUCAGCGCUGGUUCGACGCCGCAGGAUGGUAUCAGUAUCCCGGAUCACUUGAACGUGCCAAGGAGACGGGAUUCUGGAAAUUGGUCCGGCGAUCGGAACAGCGCGUCGUCGAGUUCGUCGACGACUAUGGAUAAUCCGUAUCUGUACAUCGUGAACAAAAUGCAGAGGAAUUCGGGGGUGCCCAAGAGCCCGACCAGCAAGUCUGGAGAGCUGUCUAGCAGCAGCAGCGGGCAUUACGACGCUGGAUACGACUCGUAUUCCUUAUCCUCCACGGAUAGCCUUCCUCUUCAGCAGGGUCUAAAGCAUAAUCUGCAGCUUGCUCAGAUCCCAGAGGGCUAUCAAGCAUCUUCAGGCGACGACUGCGAACGUCUCUGCAAGGAAACCGACGCGUUGCUGGACAAAUCUCGAGCAGCCGAAGAUGCCGGCGAUCUUAGCACUGCGGUAGCACUAUGCAGCGCUGCGAGCAGCAAAGCUAGAGCUGCGAUGGACGCGCCGUAUAACAAUCCUCACACGAUCACCAUAGCGAGGAUGAAGCAUAACACUUGCGUUAUGAGAACGAGAAGCUUGCACAGGAGAAUGCUGCAGGAGCAGGCGACUGCUAAUGGAGAGAAAGAAGAAGGUGCACCGGAAGGUAGACACUCAAGAGAAAACAGCAAAUCCGGCCAGCACUCUCGGCAGAGUUCCAGAGACAAGGGUAACCACUCGAGGCAAAACAGUCGCGAACUUCUGACAGGUACAGCAGCAACAGUCACAGACAAGCCGGCAGCGAAGAGUAUCGAGAUCUACGCCACCCUACCGAAGAAGAAGACUCUGCGUAGCAAGGCUACAGCGGUGAACGUGAUCGAGGACGAAGAGUACAUGCUCUACGACCGACCAGUCCAGAGGACGGGUCUGUUCAGCCGUGCAAAGCGCUGCGACGAUGACAAGAAGGAUAAAAAGCGAGCUCGGAGCGAGGAGAGAAACAAGAACGUCUCGAAAGACUUCUCCAUAGCUCCUCCACGUUCCUCGCCAUCCCCUAAAGGAACAAAACUCGAGAAAUCGAAGGAUACCGUUGACGUAGUCAGCAGUAACUCAAGAAAUCCUCAACCGAGCAAUGCGAACGGCGAACAGAAGCAAGGAAAGAAACAGCACAAGAUUCGCAGGAAACUGUUGAUGGGGGGAUUGAUCAAGAGGAAGAACAGAAGCAUGCCAGAUCUGCGCGAGGGACAAGACGGACAGACGAGCGUGAGCGUCGAGGGCUCCUCGAACACCUUGCCAAAGCAGUCAGUGGACGAUUCCAGCGUAGGUUUGAAGGGGAACGAGGUGUGCCAGUCUCUGAGCGGUUACCUGUCAGAGGGCCACCUGGAGUUCACCGGGAACAGCAACAGUAGCCCGGGCAACACGAGCAACCCGAACCUAGAAAGAAGUCGUCUGAUGAGGAAAAGCUUCCACGGAAGCGCCGGCAAAGUGUUACACGUAGCGAAGGUACCUCCGCCACCUCCGCUCAGGACCACUUCUCAGCUUAGCAAGUCUAAGUGUUCGGGUGAAGUGCACAACGAGCAGCAAACGGACAAGUCGAUGUACCAGUCCGAGGGACAGUGUUCCUCUAACUCAGCCCAAGAACAGAACGGAGCAUACUGGAAUCACAUGAGCACCGGGACUUCGUCCAACAGUGCUAACAGAACAUCGAACUACACCGACUACUCUUCCGAGUCUCAUUCGUUACCGUUUCUACCCUCCUACAGCAUGGAGAAGAGCACCAGCAAUGUAUCUUCGUCAUGCCAGAAUUACAACAACAAACCUAGAAUUCAGGAUGAUGUCGUGCAGUACGCUAAUGGGAUUUUGUACGAGCCUACGUUUGUAGUGACCCGCGCGGAUGUACACAACGAGCAAAGUCCCGUGAAGCAGCCGAGUCAGGUGGACAUGUUGCCUCCGUAUCCCGAAAACGGGAAUGUCUCUCAUUCGAGGCAGCCUAGCGAAGACUUUCCUCCUCCGCCGUACCCAUCGAUUCACUCUGUCUCGCAUUCGAGGCAGGCCAGUGAGGAUUUCCCUCCGCCGCCACCACCAAUUGACGAUACUUCCAAUCACCCUCAGGAUAAUCAACAACAAUACCAGCAACAGCAAUACCAGCAACAACAAUACCAACAACAGUAUCAGCAGCAACAAUACCAGCAGCAGUAUCAACAACAACAGUCUUCCAUUUCCAUGCAACAGCGCCAACAGCAGUUGGAGAAUCAGCAGAUCAGCAGUUUAUUAACCCAACUGCAGAUCAAAAGGGAUCAGAUUCUGGCUUCUAAAGGCAGGGAAGAGAGAAGGCCUGUAGAGCAGGAGGACGAGGAGAAAUCUGCCAGCGAAACGUGGCUCCGCGAGCUGCAGGCCAAGCAGGCCGAAAGAAGAUUGAAAAAACAGAAUCCCUUGGACCAGGACAUACCGAAGGUAAGGGCGUCACCUUCUUCGAUCACUGGACCAACAGUUGCGAGGAGGACCAGCGAUCUGAUGAUGAACAGUUUGGGACAAAAUUAUGAUCCGGUCAGCCGUGACGUUCCCGAUUGUCCCCGAGUCGUUUCUUCUGUGAAGGAUAUGGCAGCUAGAUUCGAACAGAUCAAACUGCAGCCUGCCCCGAAGACGGAAGCUGAGCAGAAGCUACCAGGCAAACAGAGUGUGAACUGCGUAUCGCCUUCGCCAACGAUGGAUGUCCCGCAAGAUGUCCAACAGGCGGAGGAAACGAGGCCGAUGAAACUCUCAUCGCAGAACCUGGCUGCCUUCACUAAGCCCGAAACGCCUUCGAGUCAGUCAAUUUUGAACUCCAGUUUCGAAUCAAGCUCCAGCCAGAAUACCUUCAUUUCCACUGCUACGCCCAAUAAUCCAAUGAACGCGCAACAGAGCGGUUUGAAUGCCGCACUAAUGUCUAUGUCUUUGACGCUGCCCCAUGAGAAUGGCUUGCCUAUCGACUACCCCGAAGACGACAUCAGUGAAGUCGCUAUGCAGAACACCAUUCAGAACACAACGAUCCUGCCGAGCGAAGAAGACAUUGCGCCCAGAAAGGUGAAGCGAAGGAUUGGUAAGAAGAAGAGCGUCUCAUUCUGCGACCAAGUGGUCCUCGUGGCUACCGCAGAAGACGACGAGAAAGAUUCUUACAUACCGAACCCGAUCCUGGAAAGGGUACUCCGCUCGGCAAUGAACAAACCGGAGACCGCUCAGGUCCUCCGCGAGAUCAGAAGUCUUCAGGAGGCAGAACUGAACCGGGAGAAUGGCACAGUCAUAAAAUUCCAGCAGCAGACUCUUCCCCUGAAGAGCGAAGCGGACAGCGUGCCAGCGACACCCUACCAAGAUCAACUGAGAAGCGUGAAUCCGAUACCAAUUCCAGACACCAUAAAGCCUACCUUCGGUCGACAGAACUCGAAUGAAUCCGUGGGCUCGUUAUCGGACAAAAAACUUUCCGGUUCCUACGGAAACGAAGGACAAGACGUCGUCAGAGAAACAUAUUCCGGAGUUCCAAAUGUCUCCAAACCGCCUACUUCCUAUUCUCCUCAGCUGCAACAGCAAAUCAGGUACUCUCAGAACGGGUACAUGCCCUACGUGCAGCUGCAAAGCUCUUAUCCCCAAACGCAGACGUCUCAUCCGAGGAAUCAGAGCAUACCCAUCUCUCAGACGCAGAAACCGGCUAGCCCGUAUCCGAGUCAAAUACACGGACAAUACGUUCAAAACAACGUGCAGCAACAGAAGCCGAUGUGCCAAAAGAACAGCUACCAAACGUACUACCAACUGGAGCAACAGCACAACCAGGUUAACAAGCAGAUGUCCCAGCAACAGCAGCAGCAGCAACAACAACAGCAACCGAACGUGAACCAGAGGAUCGGGACUCACAACGCCAGCCCGAUAACCGUGCAGCACUCCCAGCAGCAGUUCGCUUAUCCGCCGACCCAGUCACCGAGCCCGUAUCAGAACCAGUACACCCACAGUUCCUAUCAGGGUUAUCCUUAUCAAUCGGUUCCUCAACAGAACAGAGUGAACCAACCCUUGCCGCAGUAUCAGCCGCCGCCGAAUCCAUCCGCGUCCUAUCAACAGCAACAGGGAGUGCAGAACUACCAGCAGAGGCACGAGAAUUAUCAGAGACCACCGCAGAAGCCUGACCAGCAGAACAUCCUGGCGCCUAAUCAAACCUACCCGAACCCUCUACAGAACGGUCAGAUACAGUCGAAUAUGAAGUACCCGACCUACCAGCAUCCGCCAGUUUCGAAGCAGAGCAAACAGAUGCAUUUCGUGUCCUCUGCGAAAGGCAAUGCCGCGGUUCCUCCGCAAUCCACGUCUUCCUUGCAGAAACCCGCUGUAUCAACUGCGGCCAGGACGGCUCCGUGCCACCUCUGCCGCAAGAAGCAGGUCACCGAACCAGCGAUCUACUGCUCGGACUGCGACUUCUACAUGUCCCGCUUCCGGCCUAAGAACUGAGACUCCUAUCGAUGAGACUCGAGAAUCUGGGAUUCGUAGCGAAAACUAUUGUCUAAUAUGUUCAUUGAACUCUCACGUGUAAGUUUCCUUUCCCUAGGCUACAGAGACUCGAUCAAUUGCAGCUGACCCUUCGGGAGAACCGAUGCAUGAAGAUAUUUCUCUGCUUUGUACAAAGUUUAGAUUAGGCGUAGACGCGUGUCAGUGAAGACCUUCGUCGUGCAGCUAUUAUGUUUUAUCGGACGUGUAUCAUUGAUCAUGUACUUAGCGUCGCUUGUAACUUAUGGUAGAUCGUGUAGAAACAGUGUACUCGACUUUCCUAGAGCGAUCGUUGUUUCAUGCUUUCUGUGUCGAGUGGAUCAGUUCGAUUUUUUUUUAUUGUCUAGUAUUAUCCGAGCUUCUUCUGUUGCAUAUAAUGUUAGCUCUUAGGUUAAAUCCGUUAAGUUUUUUUCGUUGUAUAAAGUAUUCAUUAAGGAUUAACUUUAGGUAGUUCGAGCGAGAGUGAGAGAGAGAGAGGGAGAGAAAGAGAGGGAGAGAAAGUGGGAGAGAGUGAAGUUUAAAUAUUAACACUUCUGUUUGACGCACACGUUCGUUCGAUGCCCCAUUGUACUUCGUUCGGGAGACAGAUUGUCAGAAUUGUGAUACUAGCCAUGCUACACGUAGAGUUCUUAUCGUUAAAUUGUAGAAACAAGUAAUCGAGGGCCAGACUGGAGGUAGC